UAGAAAAAAUGUUCCCCCCAAAAGGAACUCAUCAUGGUGAAAUAAUAUGAACUCAAGCUGAUCCCUUGCUGCAAAAGCAAUUCCUUAACUCAUCCUUUCUUCUAUUCCCCAAAUAUUGUAGCCGUACUAUCCUCUAACUUCAUGGGUUUUGAAUGUAUUACUCUGGCAAGACACGUCAAGUUGCAUUUGGUAAUUGGUUACCCAACUUCCAAGUCUCUACAGCACCUCAUGCAAAUAAAAGCGUACAAGUGAAGAAUGAAGAGCAAACCACAAUGCAUGAUCAUGUCUAUAACUACAACUAUAACUAAAGCCUUGAUGAAGAUCAUAUUAUUGAGUAACCAACUAAUCAUAGAAUUAUGGAGUUCCAUAAGGAGUACCUGGAUUUGAUUCUGGUCCCUUGUGGAUUGCUCAUCAUUUUUGCCUACCACCUCUUUCUGCUUCACAGAUACCUCCACAGGCCACACACUACGACCAAGGGCUUUGAGGACUAUGACAAAAGAGCUUGGGUUGAGAGAAUCAUGCAGGCUGAUCAGAGAGACAUAGGCACAGCUCUCUCAGUCAUUCAAUCAAACAUUACGGCUGCAACUUUCAUGGCCUCGGUUUCCUUGACUGUUUGCUCUCUUAUAGGAGCUUGGAUUUCUAAUGGCUCCAACAAAUUCUUCCAGAGCGAUUUAAUCUACGGUGACAUAAACCCAACCACCAUUUCCAUCAAGUACAUCUGCCUGUUAAUCUGCUUCCUUCUUGCUUUCUCGUGCUUCAUCCAAUCGAUAAGGCACUUCGUUCAUGCGACAUAUCUCAUAAGCACACCAGAUUGUUACAUACCAGUGAGCAGCGUGGAGAUUGCUGUGAUAAGGGGAGACCAUUUCUGGUCACUCGGUCUUCGAGCUCUUUAUUUUGCCCUCGAUCUGCUGCUAUGGUUUUUCGGGCCGAUUCCCAUGUUUAUUUCUUCGGUGGUCAUGGUGAUCGUACUUCACAGCGUCGACUCAAAUUCCAGGCCAUUGCAUAACACUCGGGCUCAGGGAAGCCAGCUUCAGAAAACUAAGUUGGAAGGUUAUGAUCCAGAAUGAAGCACGAAUUGUAUGUUACUCAGAAGCAGUUUAAAAAUGGAUAAACGUUCAUCCCCCCUCCCCCUUUUCUCAUUUCAUUGAAGUCCAAUCUCACAAAAUAGAAUUUAUUUCGUCAAAUGAGUUCCAGAUUACAUACCAG